AUGCGUAAGCUAUUUUUACUCCUUGCCCUUAUCUGCCUUCUUCUGACCACUGCUCAAGCCAAGGGCGGAGGUGGUGGUGGAAAGGGCGGUGGCGGAGGUGGUGGUGGAAAGGGUGGUGGCGGCGGUGGUAGCAAGGGCGGUGGUAGCAGUAGUGGUAGCAAGGGCAGUGGUGGUAGCUCUAGCAGCAGUAAAGGCAUCGCCGGUGGCGGUGGCUCCUCCGGCAAGGGCUCUGGCGCAUAUGGUGACAAACCACCCAGCUACGCGUCUCUCUACCCAAAUGCUCCGCCCGGCUACAGUGCCGGCGGACGUGGAAUCGGUGCUGGCGACGCAUCCCGGCCGUAUACUCCUCCGCCAUCGUAUGCAGCCUCAGCCAACUAUGCUUCAGUGAACCGCGGUCAGACAGUCCAGCCACAGUCCAUCAAGGGUGGCGCGCCGUCAGUGUACUAUGCGGCGGCGUCCAGGAGCUCGUAUCCGGGAGCAUGGGGAUACGGCUAUUAUCCUAUCUAUCCCUACCCGUGGUGGGCAUACGGUGCCGGUGGGUUUAUUGGCGCAUCGUAUGUGAGCCACUCUUACAACCACGGUGUGCACAACUACAAGAGCGAGUUCCGCAACAUGACCGUGGUCAAUGCCACAAACACGCCUUUGGUUGGCGACCAGGACAUCUUCAACAACGGCCACAACAUUACGUUCGUGGACUUCAACAACGGCACCAUCAGCAUUGCUCCUUGCGGCAAUUCCUCGAGCACAUCACUCGAUGUUUCUUCCUCGGACUGCGACGUGAUCCUGCUGGACCUACGGAAUGGAACGGUACUGCGCGGCAAUGCAAAGACCAGCGUGGAGAAGGACAUUACGUUCUUUACGCUGAACCUCGGCAGCAAAAGCACUGUGCUGCGGACGCAGACGAUUUCGAGCACGCAAAAGAAGAGCCGCGGCGGUGUCAUUGCCGGCAUCGUCAUUGGAUCCAUUGCGGGAUUUGCGCUUAUCGUCGGCCUCGUGUGGUGGGCUGUCAGGCGGAACAAGAAGAAGAAGGCUGCUGCGGCUGUUGCUGCCAACCUGGGCACUGUUCAAUAUUAA